AUGCUUGGCACUCGGCACCGCACUCCUCGCACACAGGCGUUUGCCCGCAUCGAGACCGACUACUUCGGGAACAAGGGCCUCCUGCCAUCCGACUCCUCAAGAGUCAAUCCACUCUUCACAACUCCACUCCCACCCACUUGCACUCACUCGCCCACCCACAGGCGUUUGCACGCAUUCGCACGCAUAGAGAGUCACUACUUUGUGAACAAGGGCUUCCUGCCGGCCGACUCCUUCCUGCUCGACUCUGUACCCAAGUUCAGACACAUCCCAGCUGUCAUUGUUCAGGGUCGAUUGUUCCUGACGCUGGGCAUUCGGCCAAUGAGAAGGGAAUCAGCGAACAACUUGUAG